AUAUUUUGACAUUUGUAACAAAUAUUCCGACAGCAAGCCAGCACAACAUUGCAUUUUUUUAUACUAGAGAAAAUUGAAAGAAUAAAUUAAGAAAAUUAUGUGAAUUUAAGAACAAAUAAUGUUUUAUUUGUAAGAAUUGGACUAAAAAAAAAAAACAAGACAAGCACAACAACCACAGUUUUAAUAACAAUAAUAUGGAUCCUUUAAUAUUCUUUAUUGUCUUGUUGGUCAUCUAUGGUGUAUUGUUUUUCUUUGAUCGUUUUUUCAAGAGUUGCAUGCAUUAUCCUUAUGAUGCUUUUCUUAAGAACUCGGGUUUGUCUAUACAAUUUUUACGUUUGAAAUGGCAUACCACGGCAUUUAAUCGUUUGGUGUUGAGACUGGGCAAUAGUGGUGGUUCCUGUUGCCGCAGCUGGUUAACCAGCAGUUUUACUGUGGGUGUUUUAAUAGCUUUAUCUUUAGUGCCGGUGGGCAUUAUUUUAUUAUUUAUAACCAUAUUUGGUGGUGGCACGGGUGCGGGUGGCGGAGCCUCAGCUGAUGUGGCAGUAGGUGCAAAAGUUUUGGAAAAUUCCUCCAAGACACAAACUAUAAGUUUGGAAAUUUUAUUGCCGGGUGUUAAUUUACCCCUAGAGGAGAUUGGUUACUAUGUAGCUACAUUAUUAAUAUCCACAGUGGUGCAUGAGCUGGGCCAUGCCAUAGCAGCGGUGCUGGAGGAUAUACCGGUUACGGGUUUUGGAUUUCAUCUGUAUUUUUGUUUACCCAUUGCCUACACCGAAAUAUCCUCAGAACAUUUAAAUGCUCUUAAAUGGUUAAGGAAAUUGCGCAUUUUGUGUGCUGGCAUUUGGCAUAAUUUUCUGUUUGCCGCCUUUUGCUAUUUACUGCUCUCAACGUUAGGCUUUGUGGCUGCUCCUUUAUAUAGUCUAAAUAAAAAUGUUAUUGUCACCCAAGUAACGCAACAAUCCCCUUUGAAAGCUAAGGGUGAAAGAGGUCUAAUGGAGGGCAAUAUUAUAACACAAAUCAAUGACUGUGAUGUUUACAACGAAGACACCUGGUAUAGGUGUCUGCUAAAAGCUUUAAGAUCCAAACCCGCCUUUUGUGUUUCCUCCGAUUUUAUACGUUUAAACGAUGAAAGCAUAGAAAUUUCCCAUCAUAGUUCAGACGGCACUUUACAGUGUUGUGAUGAUAAGAAUGCCAAGCUGUGUUGUUUUGAGUAUAUAGAUGAUUUUAGCAAUGAUGCGCCAGUGGAGAUACCACAACAUGUUUGCCUGGAUGUUAGACGCACCAUGGAAGAUUCUUAUGGUUAUUGCUCGUCAGUGGGCACUUGUGAGAGAGGUUUCUGUUUACGUCCUCUGCUGCGCAAUAGCACCACCAUAAUGGCAUUUAAACGUGAACUGUCUAUACUACAACAGCCAGCCGGGGAAACGGCUGCUUCUGCUAAACCUUUAAAAAAUGUCAUCUAUAUGGGCCAUCCUUUGGAUGUUACACACUCUAUACGUAUAUCGCCUUUUGUGCCUAAACACGCGUAUAUCAGUCCCAAAUGGUGUGAUGCUUAUCUUUUGUUCCUGAAAUAUAAUAUAGUUUUUAGUUUGGGUUUGGCUUUCAUUAACGCUAUACCCUGUUUUGGUUUCGAUGGUCAUCAUAUCACCAAUACCAUUGUCAAUAGUUUUCUAGUCAACCGUAUAACGGAAAAACCCAAACGCGAUGUUAUUUCUCUAAUAGUCACUGGCAUUGGUUCUUUACUAUUUGCUCUAGCUGUACUCAAGGUUCUAUGGCUGAGUCUUAUAAGAUUUGGAAAAGCAAUGAAAUGUUGUGGAUUAAAACGCUCAUAUUAUUAAAUGCAAGCAUGACAAACAAAAUAAACCCCACUUCCCCCUUCUAAAAAGAAACAGCGAAUAUUUUAUGAGAUAUUAUGUAAAUUUAAUCAAAAUUUAAGAAACAAGUUGAACAAAAGUAGUAAUUUAUACAAAAAAUGUUAUUAUUAUACACAAACAUUUACAGCACAACAAAACCCCGCGAAAAGGCAAAAUAAUUUUCUAGUUUUUUUACUUUCAGUUUAAAUACUGGUUUUUCGAUGAGAAACUAUUUUUCGGUUUUGGAUAAAAUAUGUACUGGUUUUUCUCUGAAAUAGUAUUUUUUCGUUGAAAUUCAAGUUUUUCGAUAAAAUAAUGGUUUUUGGUAGAAAUACUGGUUUUUUAGUUAAAAUACUGGUUUUUGAUAUAAAAUAUUGGUUUUUCGAUGAAAUACUGGUUUUUCAAUAAAAUUCCAGCUUUUUGUUGAAAUGACGGUUUUUAGGUAGAAUACUGUUUUUUGAUGAAUUAUUGGUACUUCGGUGCCAGAUUUUUGGUGAAAUAUUGUUUUUUUUUUUCAGCGGAAUACAGUAGCUUUGUAGUUUUCACUUAAAUAAUGGUUUUUUGAUAAAAUGGUGGAAUUUCGAUGAAAUACUGGUUUUUCGAUAAAAUCCUGGAAUUUCGAUGAAAUACUGUUUUUCCGUUUUUUGGAAAAAAAACUAGUUUUUCGAUGUAAUUCCAUUUUUUUUUGGUAAAAUACGUGUUUUUUCGAUUAAAUAGUUUUUUGUAAGAAUACUAGUUUUUCGUAAGAAUACUAGUUUUUCAAGAAAUACUGGUUUUUCUAUAAAAUUCCGUGAUUUCGAUAAAAGUUUUUGUUAAAUUUGAGAUAAAAUACUGAUAAUACUGUUUUUUCCCAUAAAUUUAGUUUUUCAAUAAAAUUGGUUUAUCGAUAAAAUAGUGGGUUUUCGAUGAAAUACUGGUUUCACUGAGCUUUUUCUUUGGUAAAAUACUGGUUUUUCAAUGAAAUUCAGUUUUUCGUUAGAAUACUAGUUUUUCGUUGAAACAAUAGUAUUUUGGUAAAAUACUAGUUUUUCUAUGAAAUACUGGGUUUCCAUGAAAUACUGGGUUUUCGAAAUUCAGCUUUUCGAUAAAAUAAGUUGUUUUGUAAAAUACCGGUUUACAUGAAAAUUACUAUUUUAAAUAAAAAAACAAGGUUAUAAUUGAAAAACCUAGUUUUUGAUAUGAAACAGAGUUUUUGAUGAAAACCCGAGUUUUUAGUGAAAACCGAUUUUUAGUAAAAAACCGAGUUUUAGCAAAAAAUUGUGUUUUUGAUGAAAAACUGAAUUUUUGGUAUAACCGAGUUUUUGAUGAAAACCCGAGUUUUUAGUGAACAACCAAGUUUUUAGUAAAAAACUGAGAUUUCAUUGAAAAAUCGAGCUUAUGAUUUGUUCUAAUAAAUAACAUUUUAAUAAAAGGAUAAUUCUUUUCGAAAUUUUUUAAGAAAUUUCCAAAAAAGGAUUCAAAAUUAUUUUUUUAUAAAUAUUGAGAACAAACAUUGAUUGCUUUAUACUGAUACAGCUCAUAGUCCUGGGAUUAUGAUUAAGCAAAUAUCAAACCAGGCUGUUUAAAACUCCAAUAUUUGAUCAUUAUUUUUAAUCUAAAAAGAAAAAUAAAAAGUUGGUAAUAAAUAACAUUUAAACUUCCAAAAAUUUUAACGAAUAAACAAAACAAAAGGGAUUAAAAUCCUAUUUGCUAAACUUUAAACAAACAUACAUACA